CCGAGGACAAAGGUGACCGUGCGGGAGCGGUGCCCCAAAGCCCCCUGGCACCAUCCGAGCCCGGAUCCAGGGCUCUCACGGCCACCGCGGCCACACGCGUGUCGUUGAUGCUGGUGGCCGCCGCAGACCGGAGGUAGAGUCCAGGGCGCGGAGCCAUGAAGCUGAACGAGCGGAGCCUGGCCUUCUACGCCACCUGCGACUCCCCGGCCGACAACGCCGGCUUCCUCUACAAGCGCGGCGAGCGGCACACGGCCUACCACCGCCGCUGGUUCGUGCUCAAGGGCAACAUGCUCUUCUACUUCGAGGAGCGGGACAGCCGCGAGCCCGUGGGCGUCAUCGUGCUGGAGGGCUGCAACGUGGAGCUCUGCGAUUCGGCCGAGGGCUUCGCCUUCGCCAUCCGCUUCGGCGGCGCCAAGUCCCGCACCUACGUGCUGGCGGCGGAGAGCCAGGAGACCAUGGAGUCGUGGGUGAAGUCGCUGUCCCGAGCCAGCUUUGACUACAUGCGGCUGGUAGUGAGGGAGCUGGAGAAGCAGCUGCAGGAGAUGAGCCGGGGGCUGGCCGGAGGAUCUGGGGGCUCCCGGGAGCCUCCCGGUCCCUGGAAGCCGAAGCCGUCGGGCCUAGAGCAGUCCUGGGAGCGGCCGCCGGCUCUGCCCGCUUUCCUGCCGAAGGAGAACGGCUGUGCGGUGUGGAACAACGUGCUGGAGGCGGAGCGGCUGCCCGGCACCUCUGGCAGUGGUGGGCACGAUGAGGAGGGGAGCCCGAGGCCGCCGCCGCUGCCGCCGCGCAGGCGGGUGCUGAACGGCGAGGCGGCGGCGGCCGUGGCCGAGAGCCCGUCCACCUUCUGCCGCCUCCACGAGCAGUACAGCCGGGAGGUGGCUCGGCUGCGGCAGGACUGGCAGCAGAGGCGGCGUGGCUGCCGGCCCUGAGCGGUGGCUGAGCCCUGGGAACCUGCCAGGGGCAGGGUGGAGGUGGUCGCGCUCGGUGCUGGCCCUGUCCCCUCCUCGCCCCGGGAUGUGCAGACCUGGCCGCGGCGGUGACGGAUUCGUGCUGGUGGUGCCAACGAGGGAUGGGCACCGAGCGACGCCAGUGCUGCUCUGUGGUGGUGAGAUGGGCGCCGCAGGGGUGCCCUGCAGCCGUGCCCCAGGUUGGGUGUGGGGUGCUCCACUCAGCACAGGUGAACUACAAACCUCUCACUGACUGAGGCCUCCUGGGAACCGACCACUGCUCUGGCUCUGCUGGGGCCUCUCGGUGCUCUUGCGGUGGGAUCACGCAUUGACAACUUGCGGAGGAGGGUUUUGAUGGGCUCUCACUCUCCUGAGUGCUCGUGUUCCACAGUGGGGAGCCUUCCACCCACUUCCCCUCCCGGCCCAGCACAAGGCUGAGGUCGGCUGAGCUCUGCCAGAUCCCUCUGCUCCAGCAGGAUGUGGUUUGAAAUGAAAAUAUCAGUGAGUGCAGCCCUUCCUUAACUGCAGCAGCAGCUCAGCACGCUCCAGGGAGCUGGUGACACCCAGCCCCGGGCAUUACGCAGGGAGCAGUUGCUGCUUGCAGCCUGGGUGGUGAAUAUGGGGGGAUCAGACCCUGGGGGAGUUCGCCGGCUGCAGGCACUGCCUUGCUGGUGGAUAUUUUGGGACAGCACAUCACCCCCGUGCCAGCUCACUAAGGGGAAGCAUCGCCCGUGGUGGCAAAUGGGAACGUGUGUGUCAGCAGCAGAGCGUGAGGAAUGAUUCAUGUGCCAAACCAGAGCGAAGCUGGCGUCUCAUGCCUGUGUUUCUCUCUUCCUUCCACAACACACGCUCAAGCUGCCGGCCCAGAGGUGGGGUGACCCACCGUGGAGCAGGAGGGAGCAGUCAGGGUGCCCUGGCUUAGGGCUGGGUGGCUCCAGCUCCCUUUGCUCCCUUGGGACAGGCACAAGAUUUUUCUACAAUAAAAGUUGUUUCAGAACUUCCCUCCCA